GGAAUCCCUGAACCUGCACGUGUUGAGACAAAUUGAGGCUAAUUUAACUUGGUUCCUUUUUCCAAACUUUUAACCCCUUUCAACAUAUUAAAGACAAACAAAGAUGUUUAGAUCAUCCAUGUCUGAAACAGAUCCAACGUCUGGAGCUGAAUUCCAAAACUCUUUCUGGAACGAUGAUGAUUUUGCAUGUCGAAGUUCUCAGUUCCUCAUUGACGGGGUCAAAGUGGAUCUGCUGGUUUUGGUGAUUUACACUAAAAUAAGUUGAAUUUCAGUCACACAACUUGAUGCCAAAAUGUGAGAGUGAUGGCUGUUUACACCGUCGGCUCAUUAUUGUCGAUAUUCGAGACUCUGGCAGAUUUGGCAAACGUUACGAUGACGAAGCCGCUGUUCUGCAAUUCUGUCAAUUAGAGAUAAUGGAGCCCAGCAGGCCAAAGAGAGCACUGUCACUCUCUCCCUCCCUCCUUCUCUCACUCUCUCUCCCUUCCUCCUCUCUCUCUCUUUCUCUGUGUCUGUUUGUUUCUCUCAGUCAGUGAUAAUGGAGCCCGGCAGCCCAAAGAAGAUCCAGUUUGAUGUUCCCCCUCUGCAGGGUCAGCUGGACCCACAGGCUGCCGAACAUAUCCGUCGCAGAAGGCCGACUCCUGCCACCCUGCAGAUCUACAGACAGCCUGGCUCAGAUGUUGGAGACGUCGCCAGCGGAGACUCACAGGCUGCAGAUGUCACUCAGAGAAAGCAGGGUACUUAUGCCCCGCCCACGCUGACAGCGCUACAGCUCGGAAUGGAGCAACACCUCCUGGGGGCAGGGCCCAGUGAGACGGACAGCCAGAUGAGCCCAAUCACAGCACAGCUCUAUUCUAACGAUUCCCUGUGGGCCAAUCACAACGGGCCAGAGGAAGCCAAUGGGAAUGAGGCACUUCGGCUGUUAGCCAAUGAGGAAAGAGGAGUGGUAGAGAGCAACAGUUCAGGGGAUUUGUCAUGUGACCACAAACAGGAAGUGUCCAGUCCAGGCUCCAUCUCCCGAUAGCUGCAUUUUCCUUCUUUGUUUCUCUACAAUCAUAUUUGGUUUCAUCUAUCUGACUGCUGUUGUUCCAACGCCACGCUUCGCUCUGCGCUUCGACGGCUAACAAACACAACGUUAGCAUUCACCAGCCAUGCACGCGCACACUUUGUCCAAUGACUACAAUCAUUCUUCACAUUCAGAUCUACCUUACUUUCACUGAAUCAUGUUUUUCUGAAAUACUCUAGUACAGUCAUAUCAUCACAAUACCUAGAUAACCUACGGUGGCCUAGGCUAGACCUAGGCUUUGAAAAUACAAGAAAUAGACAAUCUCAUCUCAUAAUUUCACAAACAGAAGUGCACCUAAUUUCCAUCAUGCAUGUGACGUUAUUUGCUGCAACAAAUCCACACAUGACCAGCAGGUGGCAGUCAUACUAUAUAUGGUGUAUUAUAUAAGCAAACUUAAUUUCAUUAUUAACCAAAUUUUAAUCAGUUAAUCCUCAUUAUAUUUUAGUAUUUUUAUUGUGGAGACUUACAAAAUGAUAUCAUUUACUGUUUUUGAGUAAAGGUAAUAUUCAUUCAUUCACUCACUCACUCAAUGGAUUUAAUAGGGUACAAAUUCCUACAUUUUUGCAAAAUCCUUGCAAUUUGUAUCAAGUGUGUGUUUCAGAUGUCCAGAAUGGUAUGGAUAAUCUGGUGUAAAUUUAGUUAAUACUACUAUAAAAAGUUUGUAGAGUCUAGUUAAGGAUCGGGAUUGUAGUAAACGACUAAACAAUGGUGACAAAUGUCACAAUGUCAAAUUUUUAAAAAUUUGUUGUAGUUGUACAUGCAAGCAAGCAAACUUUUAUUACAAUAAACUGCAACUGACUAAAAAAGCUUUUACAAACUUGUCAUUUGGUAUUUGUUUUAUGACCCCCCCCCCCAAA